AUGUUCUGCUACCACUGCCCCCCCGCACUGCACCCUGGAGCUCCACAACCAAGGUUACCAACGUUGGAAUACCCUUUUACACCAACUCAUCCUUAUACGAGUUAUUCCUACCAUCCAGCAAUCCACGACGACACAUUCGUCAGAAGAAAACAAAGGAGAAACAGGACCACGUUCACAUUGCAGCAACUGGAAGAGUUGGAGAGCGCCUUUGCUCAAACUCACUACCCCGAUGUCUUCACUAGAGAAGAUCUGGCUAUGAAGAUCAAUCUAACCGAAGCGAGAGUUCAGGUGAGCUCGUAGCGAUAUUCCGUUCAAAUAGCGAAAGAGAUAUUUUGAAUCUGUAACUAACACAA